AUGCCAUUUGGCCAAAUGCCCGUCUUAGAAGUUGAUGGUAAGAAGCUUGCCCAAUCCAUUGCAAUUGUUCGCUUCCUUGCAAGAAAGUUUGAUGUUCGACUUACGCAAGAAGAAUGGCCGAAGCACAAAGCUGGUGGGUGGUUUGGUUAUCAAAAACAAAUCUCCAUUUAUGCUGCAGAAAUGCCGUUUGGCCAAAUGCCCGUCUUAGAAGUCGAUGGCAAGAAGCUUGCUCAAUCCUUUGCAAUAGUGCGCUUCCUUGCAAGAAAGUUUGGAUAUGCCGGAAAAACUCCGUUCGAGGAGGCUCUCGUUGAUUCGAUUGCCGAUCAAUGGAAGGAUUUUAUGCAAGAGGUCCAACCAGCGGUCAAAGUCGCUCUAGGUUUUGAGCAGGGAGACCUGGUAAGUUGCUAGUA